AUGCCCAACCAUGCCCAGCGAUUGCAAAUCGGUAUUGUGUUGACAUUCACGUCAGCAGCGGCGAGCGGAUACAACACCAGCCAGCUCAAUGGGCUCUUAGUGCUUCCUCAAUUCAGGGCAAUGACAAAAAAUGUCAACAAGGCCGUACUUGGUCUGCUAUUCGGCACCAUCUCCUUUGGCAGUGUUUGUUCCUUCAUCCCUAGUGCGUAUAUCGCCGACCACUUGGGUCGUAAACUGAGCAUUGGACUUGGCUCCGUGGUUAUGAUUUGCGCAACAAUAGUCGAGGUUGUGAAACCAACCCUCUGGGUCAUGUUUUGGGCAAGACUGUUCCUAGGCAUCGGCUCAGGACUUACACAAUCUGCUGCACCUAACCUGAUUACUGAGGUUGCUUAUCCACGCCAUCGAAAUACUUUUACAGCACUAUCACCCACAGCAUGGUACUGGGGAUCAACAUUAUCUUCAAUAGUGACAAUGAGCAUGCUUACUCUGAAUGGCGAGUGGUCUGUGAGAUGGCCAUGUUUGUUACAGAUAUUCUUUCCGCUUCUUCAGUUGAUAGGUUUAUACUUCAUUCCUGAAAGCCCUAGGUGGCUUGUCUCCAAAGGCAAGCCAGAUGCAGCAUUGAUUCUCCUCGGAAACUAUCAUGGGAACGGAGACGUGAAUAAUCCAAUUGUGCAACAAGAAUUCCUCGAAAUUACAUCAGCUAUUUCCCAAGAGGCAUCCAUGAAGAAUCAGGCUGGAUGGAAAGCAUUUGUGUCGACGAGAGGAAACCUCCAUCGCUUAGCAAUAUGUCUGCUAACCGGUAUCAUGUCUGAGUGGGCAGGAAACGGCAUCAUAUCAAAUUAUCUCGUUCCCGUUCUCAUAUCGAUAGGUGUUUCGAACCCUACUGCACAAGCAGCAGUGAAUAUAGGCCUGCAGGUCUGGAAUGCGAUAACUGCUGCAGCUGGCGCAGUGGCAUCUGAAAAUUACGGUCGGCGUCCUCUCUGGAUCACUUCCACUUGUUUAAUGAUAUUUUUUUAUGCCAUGAUUACAUGCCUUUCUGCACUUUUUACGGAACAACACGUGACAAAGGCAGGAAUAGCUGUUUUACCCAUGCUAUUUCUCUUUUAUGGCUCUUAUAACAUAGCCUACAGCCCCCUUGCGGUUUCAUAUACUGUCGAGAUACUUCCAUUUUAUCUACGGUCAAAGGGACUUUCGUUAUACUUCACCAUGGACGCUUUGGCGACAAGCUUCAAUCAAUAUGUGAAUCCAAUAGCGUUGGACAGUCUCAAGUGGAGGUUAUACUUUGUAUAUUUGGGUUGUCUUAUUAUGUUCCUUGGCAUUAUAUACGCGUUGUUUCCCGAGACUAAAGGGCUAUUGUUGGAGGAGAUUGAGAGGAUUUUUGAUGGUCCCGACAAGAGUGUUGCGAGUCCAAAGACCAGCUCUGAGAGCGUUAGCACCUUGGUUGAAAAAGACGACAGGACAACAAAGGUUCAAGACACGCAGUUUCGACUUACGGGAGAGGUAUGA